AAAUAAUCUCGGAAAGGCGAGAAAGGCGCUGUCUCCAUCUUGUCUGUAUCCGCUGCUCUUGUGACGUUGUGGAGAUGGGGAGCGUCCUGGGGCUGUGCUCCAUGGCGAGCUGGAUACCAUGUUUGUGUGGAAGUGCCCCGUGUUUGCUAUGCCGAUGCUGUCCUAGUGGAAACAACUCCACUGUAACUAGACUGAUCUAUGCACUUUUCUUACUUGUUGGAGUAUGUGUAGCUUGUGUAAUGUUGAUACCAGGAAUGGAAGAACAACUGAAUAAGAUUCCUGGAUUUUGUGAGAAUGAGAAAGGUGUUGUCCCUUGUAAUAUUUUGGUUGGCUAUAAAGCUGUAUAUCGUUUGUGCUUUGGUUUGGCUAUGUUCUAUCUUCUUCUCUCUUUACUAAUGAUCAAAGUGAAGAGUAGCAGUGAUCCUAGAGCUGCAGUGCACAAUGGAUUUUGGUUCUUUAAAUUUGCUGCAGCAAUUGCAAUUAUUAUUGGGGCAUUCUUCAUUCCAGAAGGAACUUUUACAACCGUGUGGUUUUAUGUAGGCAUGGCAGGUGCCUUUUGUUUCAUCCUCAUACAAUUAGUCUUACUUAUUGAUUUUGCACAUUCAUGGAACGAAUCAUGGGUUGAAAAAAUGGAAGAAGGGAACUCGAGAUGUUGGUAUGCAGCCUUGUUAUCAGCUACAGCUCUGAAUUAUCUGCUGUCUUUAGUUGCUAUCGUCCUGUUCUUUGUCUACUACACUCAUCCAGCCAGUUGUUCAGAAAACAAGGCGUUCAUCAGUGUCAACAUGCUCCUCUGCGUUGGUGCUUCUGUAAUGUCUAUACUGCCAAAAAUCCAAGAAUCACAACCAAGAUCUGGUUUAUUACAGUCUUCAGUGAUUACAGUCUACACAAUGUAUUUGACAUGGUCGGCUAUGACCAAUGAACCAGAAACAAAUUGCAACCCAAGUCUACUAAGCAUAAUUGGCUACAAUACAACAAGCACUGUCCCAAAGGAAGGGCAAUCAGUCCAGUGGUGGCAUGCUCAAGGAAUUAUAGGACUAAUCCUCUUUUUGUUGUGUGUAUUUUAUUCCAGCAUCCGUACUUCAAACAAUAGUCAGGUUAAUAAACUGACUUUAACAAGCGAUGAAUCUACAUUAAUAGAAGAUGGUGGAGCUAGAAGUGAUGGAUCACUGGAGGAUGGUGACGAUGUUCACCGAGCUGUAGAUAAUGAAAGGGAUGGUGUCACUUACAGUUAUUCCUUCUUUCACUUCAUGCUUUUCCUGGCUUCACUUUAUAUCAUGAUGACCCUUACCAACUGGUACAGGUAUGAACCCUCUCGUGAGAUGAAAAGUCAGUGGACAGCUGUCUGGGUGAAAAUCUCUUCCAGUUGGAUUGGCAUCGUGCUGUAUGUUUGGACACUCGUGGCACCACUUGUUCUUACAAAUCGUGAUUUUGACUGAGUGGGACUUCUAGCAUGAAAGUCCCACUUUGAUUAUUGCUUAUUUGAAAACAGUAUUCCCAACUUUUGUAAAGUUGUGUAUGUUUGUGCUUCCCAUGUAACUUCUCCAGUGUUCUGGCAUGAAUUAGAUUUUACUGCUUGUCAUUUUAUUUGUUAUUUUCUUGCCAAGUGCAUUGAUAUGUGAAGUAGAAUGAAUUGCCGAGGGAAAGUUUUAUGAAUAUGGUGAUGAGUUAGUAAAAGUGGACAUUAUUGGGCUUAUUCUCUGCUCUAUACUUGUGAAAUGAAGAGUAAAAACAAAAUUGCUUGACUAUUUUAAAAUUAUGUUAGACCUUAAGCUGUUUAAGGAAGCAUUAAAGCAAAUGUAUGGCUGCCUUUUGAAAUAUUUGAUGUGUUGCCUGGUAGGAUACUGCAAAGAACAUGGCUUAUUUUAAAAUUUAUACACAAGUCACUUAAAUGCCAAUUGUCUGAAAAAUCUUAGGAGAUUUUACCCUUGAUAUGGGACUUACACAGGUAGGGAGUGUUCAGUGGACAAUAGUGUAGGUUAUGGAUGGAGGUUUGGGUACUUAAUUGAAUAAUGAGUAAAUAAUCUUACGUGGGUAGAGAUGGCCUUUGCCAACAAAGUGAACUGUUGGUUGUUUUAAACUUAUGAGGUAUGGGUUCAGUGGAGAUGUUUGGAACUCUGAAGGAUUUAGACAAGGUUUUGAAAAGGAUAAUCAUGGGUUAGAAGGAAGUGUUUGAAAUUCGCUUUGAAAGUUAGCUUUGGGCCAGCAUGUUAGCUCACCCUUGUAAUCUCAGCACUUUGGGAGGCUGAG